AAAGUAUUCUCACUUGUUAGUUCUGUCUUGUUAAUAUUUGAAUGCAAGAUCCCUUUGAAAUCCUCGAGGCUGGAGUUUACAUGCUGGAGGAAUGCGCAAAUCCUCCGCGAUUCGCCCUGACUUGAAUUGAUCCACGUUUUGGCGCCGUUGUCACUUGGCUUCCAUUCGAGAUCGUCAUCUUCAUCCCUCUUCGUUCUCAUCUCCAUUUCGCCAGUAUCGUCUUUCCCCCCAUCGUCCCUCCUUAGCUCUCCUCUCUAUCUCCCUAUUUCGCCUCCCCCUUAUUUUCCAGUCCAUGGGAUAGCUCUAGAGCCUCUACUGUUCUUGUAAACCUCACAUCGGAAUCCACUCGGUGUCCAUGACAUCGCCCGGAGAUGCUGCCCCGGUCAAACCUCCGCCGUCCUUCUCGCCCGGCGUGCCGCGUGUCGCUUCGAAGACGAGAUACCCCGACCAGCGUCGCGAUUCGACGGCGUCUCUAGACUCCAAGCGGGCGGAAUCAAGGAUAGGAUCCUCCCCUCCACUCUCGACCCCUACCGCAGAACUUCCGAUCCGAUCCGCGUCCCCCCACGCUCGAUCUGUCAGAUCGUCGACCCCUCAGCUAGCUCGUUCUUCACUAGGUUCGCCUAUAGAAGGACGCAGCGAUGGACUAGACUCACGUUCCCUUAUCAUCCGCUCCUUCUCGCCCGUCAUUGGGGUCUACGCAUCACCCGAUACCGAUGAGUUAGUGCGGCAAAAGGGGUUCAAGGGUGGCUUUUGGGAGUUGAUUCGACCGUUCGGAGAAAAUGUGCCGGGGAAGAUUAUCAUCCGAGACAGUAUAGGGUCCAGUCGUGGCUGGGAGGACUACGGGGUUCGGUUUGUUGACUUGGGAGAAACGUGUCGCGCUCCUGAUGACUCAAGUCAAGGACGUAAUUCGUCUCUGGCUCAGGUAGAGGCGGUGUUGGAAAGACAGUUAGACGCAGCAGAAGGCCCGCUGAGCGGAACAUUACAUCCCAAGGAUCUCCUAGGGCAUUCCUCGACAUCUUCAUUAUAUAAACUAUUCUUACGCCAACUGUUGUCAAUCGCCUCUGCAUCCCCGCACGAAGCAUUCCGGCACCCUGUGGCAAGUGUUAUUGCAAUUAGUUCACGCAAUACCGCUCCUCUUGAAUCCCUCCGGCAGCUCUAUGCAGACACGAACAAUGGAGAUAGGAAGGUCCCUGACUGGAUCAAUCCAGAAUACCUCCGAUACUAUGUUCUUGUCCAUGACGAGGACCGCGACGAUAUUUCGGAAUCAACCAAGCUAUAUGAUCAAAUGAAACGUCAUUUCGGGUUACAUUGUCAUCUAUUGAGACUGCGAAGUAACCAGUGCGUGGUGACCGACGAUGACAGCGUCCAAGUACCAGAGUGUGAAUGGCUGUCCCCUUCAGAGCGACUGUUCAGUCGCGCAGAACCAUUGGUCGAUCUUGACACGGAUGGCCUCCCCUACCUCUUCGAGUCCGACAUCAUGUCCAUCAAAUCCUUUGUCCGAGAGCUCGUCGCGCAGUCAGUGGUACCAUUCAUGGAAAAUCGAGUGGCUGUGUGGAAUGAUCAAGUCGCAUCACGCAGACGUGGUAUAAGUGGCCGAUUCAUGUCGAUGUCGCGAAAGUGGGCCGGGUUCGGAGCCGGCUCACGAUCUAGCUUCACUGGCCCUGGUGGGGGAGGGAGUGGGAACUAUGAUACCGUUCAUGGCUUCUACCGGGCAGACCUGCCUGAAGCCCUUUUACGGAAGAUGGCUGAUUUCGCCUUUAUGCUUCGAGACUGGAAGCUGUCUGCAUCAACUUACGAGCUCCUCCGUUCCGAUUAUGCAAAUGACAAAGCUUGGAAAUACCAUGCUGGUGCCUACGAGAUGUGCGCUGUAAGCACCCUUCUAAACCCACUCGGAAUUGGCACGAAAACCAAACUCGAGAAUAUCGACCAGAUGUUCGAGACCGCCUGCUACUCCUAUCUCACUCGGUGCUCUGAUGCUCCUAGCGGUUUACGUUGUCUUACUCUGGCCGUCGAAUUGCUAAAAUCUCGCGGAGGAUCUGCAGCCGAAAGUGCAGCCAGAUGGGCCAUGCGGGCCAUGGACCUAGGGUUGGUGGAGUCUAUUGGCCAGGGCCUCCUGAGCGAAAGAAUUUCAGCAUGUUAUGCUUCCAGAGCUUCCUUGAACGGAGUGCGAUUGGGUUCUCGUCACCGUAAAGCCGGGAUGUGGAGCAUUCUUGCUGCGGACAUGUGGCUCAAACUUGGGAAGCCAUCCCUAGCCUCAGCCUGCCUCGAAGAAGCGGAACUCCUCUAUGCAAAUGUGCUGCAAAGUGACGGCGUAUUCCCCAUGGCGGAAAUGCAGACCUUUGUGGAGAAUCUUCGACUUGCAGUGAAAGUCGAAUACUUGGAGGCUCGAGGACUAGACAUCAAAGAGGAAACAGGCAGUACGGAUCCCUUGGAUACCGUGGAAACUAGGGAGAAACUAGACCGACGCAAGAACCGCAAGUCCUUGGUUGUAAGUCCUCUCGACAUUCAAGGACUGAUCCCUGCGCAAUCUGGGCGAGAUACCGAAAACCCAGCAAAUGACGACUUUGAACGAGCUUAGCUAUACCAAGGAUGGAACGGGGUGGAAUAUAAGCUAAAUAGUAUAAUAGACCUUAUGAGACAGUUUAAUUGAUUCAUGUAU